AUGCCUCCCCCGCAUUAUGACUUCUUGAUCAAGUUGCUCCUCAUUGGCGACUCAGGUGUCGGAAAGUCAUGUCUCCUGUUGCGGUUCUGCGACGACGCAUGGACGCCGUCAUUCAUCACUACGAUUGGCAUUGACUUCAAGAUUCGGACAAUUGAACUAGACGGGAAGCGUAUCAAACUCCAAAUUUGGGAUACUGCGGGACAGGAGCGAUUCAGGACGAUCACGACUGCAUACUAUCGUGGAGCCAUGGGUAUUCUGCUCGUGUAUGACGUAACAGACGAGCGAUCAUUCAACAACAUCCGUACAUGGCAUGCCAAUAUUGAGCAGCACGCCUCAGAAGGCGUGAACAAGAUUCUCAUUGGCAACAAAUCCGACUGGACAGACAAGCGUGCAGUCACCGAGGAGCAGGGACGCGAGCUCGCGAACGAGCUCGGUAUUAAGUUCAUGGAGACAUCAGCGAAACUCAACGAGGGUGUUGAGGAGGCGUUCUUCACGCUUGCCAGAGACAUCAAGGCACGGCUCAUUGACUCGCAACCGGAGGCUGCGAGCAAAGAAGGGAGCUAUGGCAAGGAUCAGGGUGCCGACGGGUCUGUCAAAGUCAACCAACCAGGACAGGCAUCAGGGAGCUGCUGCUAG